AUUGGCUGGGCGGGAAGUCAUUUACCGGCGCAUUCCGCCGCCCGCAGGCUCGCGGGGAAACUUCCUUAUUAUUGUGACGCCGAAAACGGAGAAACCCAGAGCUGGACCAGAGAGGCUGUCACAGUCGGAAUCCCGAGCGGUGGUUCGGCGGCUGCCAAGAUCUGCAAGUUGAGGUGGAACCAUUCUGGCUUCUAGUACAAAUGCCAAGUGUGUGAUCUGUGGGAGUUUGGCUCCAAAUUUAUUUAAAGCUUGAAUUUAGAGAGUGCCUGCAGAGUACUGAAGCCUUAGACAUUGCCUUUCCUGCUGUUGAAAAAGACCCCCCUUGCCCCACAUACCAUUCAGCGUCUUUUGGGACCUGUUUGCUGACGUCUCAGAGAAGAGCACUGGGAAUAGGAGUAACAGUGACCACAGCAGCUGACAUUUAUUGGUCACUUAUACUGUAUGUCAGGAAAAGUGGAGGUGGUGGUGCUGGCACCAGGCAAGAGGGAAUCCAUGGCUCAAUCAACAUCACUGGAAGUCUGUCUCUUGUUUUUGAACCUCAAUGGCUGGCAGCUUCCUAAUGUCUUACAGGCUGCAUGAGUCCCUGAAGGAUAAGAACAAUGUUAUGCUGGGGAUAUUGGUCUCUAGGCCAACCUGGGAUCAGCACCAACCUGCGAGGGAUUGUGGCCGAGCCACAGGUGUGUGGAUUUAUAUCAGACAGAAGCGUCAAGGAAGUGGCCUGUGGAGGAAACCACUCCGUGUUCCUGCUGGAGGAUGGGGAGGUUUACACAUGCGGUUUGAAUACCAAGGGGCAGCUGGGCCAUGAGAGGGAAGGAAACAAGCCAGAGCAAAUUGGAGCUUUGGCAGAUCAGAACAUUGUCCAUGUGGCAUGUGGUGAGUCCCACAGUCUGGCCCUCAGUGACCGGGGCCAGCUGUUUUCUUGGGGUGCAGGGAGUGAUGGUCAGCUAGGACUCAUGACUACCGAGGAUUCAGUGGCAGUGCCCAGGUUAAUACAAAAGCUGAACCAGCAGACAAUAUUACAAGUUUCCUGUGGCAACUGGCAUUGCUUGGCUCUUGCAGCUGAUGGCCAGUUCUUCACCUGGGGAAAGAAUAGUCAUGGGCAGCUGGGCCUGGGGAAGGAGUUCCCCUCCCAAGCCAGCCCACAGAGGGUGAGGUCCCUGGAGGGGAUCCCGCUGGCUCAGGUGGCUGCAGGAGGAGCCCACAGCUUUGCCCUGUCUCUCUCAGGAGCUGUUUUUGCCUGGGGGAUGAAUAAUGCAGGGCAGCUAGGGCUCAGUGAUGAAGAAGAUCGUGAGUCUCCUUGUCAUGUGAAACUCUUACGAACACAAAAGGUUGUCUAUAUUAGUUGUGGAGAAGAACACACAGCAGUCCUCACAAAAAGUGGAGGUGUUUUUACCUUUGGUGCUGGUUCCUGUGGGCAACUUGGACAUGAUUCCAUGAAUGAUGAGGUUAAUCCAAGAAGAGUUCUAGAGCUGAUGGGCAGUGAAGUAACUCAGAUUGCUUGUGGCAGACAACACACACUAGCCUUCGUGCCUUCUUCUGGACUCAUCUAUGCAUUUGGUUGUGGAGCAAGAGGUCAAUUAGGAACUGGACACACUUGUAACGUUAAGUGCCCAUCUCCUGUGAAGGGUUACUGGGCCGCCCAUAAUGGCCAGCUUUCAGCCAGAGCUGAUCGCUUUAAAUAUCAUAUUGUUAAGCAGAUCUUCUCUGGAGGAGACCAAACUUUUGUACUUUGCUCCAAAUAUGAGAAUUCUUCUCCUGCUGUUGACUUCAGGACUGUGAACCAAGCACAUUACACUAGUUUAAUAAAUGAUGAAACCAUAGCAGUUUGGAGACAAAAACUCUCAGAACACAGCAAUGCAAAUACAAUCAAUGGUGUUGUACAGAUAUUAUCUUCCGCAGCCUGUUGGAAUGGAAGUUUUCUUGAAAAAAAAAUUGAUGAACAUUUUAAAACCAGUCCCAGAAUCCCUGGGAUUGACCUGAACUCAACUAGAGUGUUAUUUGAGAAGUUAAUGAACUCUCAGCAUUCCAUGAUUCUGGAACAGAUCUUAAACAGCUUUGAAAGUUGUCUGAUUCCUCAGUUGUCAAGUUCACCACCAGAUGUUGAAGCUAUGAGAAUCUAUUUAAUACUGCCUGAGUUUCCCCUGCUCCAGGAUUCCAAGUAUUAUGUAACAUUGACUAUUCCCUUGGCUAUGGCCAUUCUGCGACUGGAUACAAACCCUAGCAAAGUAUUAGAUAACUGGUGGUCUCAGGUAUGCCCGAAAUAUUUUAUGAAGCUGGUAAACCUCUAUAAAGGUGCAGUAGUUUAUCUACUGAGAGGAAGGAAGACAUUCUUAAUUCCUGUACUGUUUAACAAUUAUAUUACAGCAGCUCUUAAGCUCUUGGAAAAGUUAUAUAAGGUAAAUCUUAAAGUGAAACAUGUGGAAUAUGAUACCUUUUACAUUCCUGAGAUUUCCAGUCUCGUGGACAUUCAGGAAGACUACCUCAUGUGGUUCUUGCAUCAAGCAGGCAUGAAGGCUAGACCAUCUAUAAUACAGGAUUCUGUAACACUUUGUUCCUACCCUUUCAUCUUUGAUGCCCAAGCCAAGACCAAAAUGUUGCAGACGGAUGCUGAACUACAGAUGCAGGUGGCGGUCAACGGAGCCAAUCUGCAGAAUGUCUUCAUGCUUCUCACCUUGGAGCCUCUGCUGGCCAGAAGCCCCUUCCUGGUCCUUCACGUUCGCAGGAACAACCUUGUUGGUGAUGCUCUAAGAGAGCUGAGCAUUCAUUCUGAUAUCGAUCUGAAAAAGCCUCUCAAAGUAAUCUUUGAUGGUGAAGAAGCAGUGGAUGCUGGUGGUGUCACAAAGGAGUUCUUUCUUUUACUGUUAAAAGAACUUUUGAAUCCCAUCUAUGGAAUGUUUACCUACUAUCAGGAUUCAAAUCUCUUGUGGUUUUCAGAUACGUGUUUUGUAGAGCACAACUGGUUUCACUUGAUUGGCAUAACCUGUGGACUAGCUAUCUACAACUCCACUGUAGUCGAUCUCCACUUUCCGUUGGCUCUCUAUAAGAAGUUACUGAAUGUAAAGCCUGGCUUGGACGACUUAAAGGAGCUGUCACCCACUGAAGGAAGGAGUCUUCAAGAACUUUUAGAUUACCCUGGGGAAGAUAUUGAGGAGACUUUCUGCCUCAACUUUACGAUUUGUCGAGAAAGCUAUGGAGUGAUUGAACAGAAGAAGCUGAUACCUGGGGGAGACAAAGUGACUGUGUGCAAGGACAACAGGCAGGAAUUUGUGGAUGCUUAUGUGAAUUACAUCUUCCAGAUCUCAGUUCACGAAUGGUACACAGCUUUCUCCAGCGGCUUCCUAAAGGUGUGUGGUGGCAAAGUGCUUGAGCUCUUCCAGCCUUCAGAACUGAGGGCCAUGAUGGUGGGGAGCAGCAACUACAACUGGGAGGAACUGGAAGAGACUGCCAUCUACAAGGGGGAUUAUUCAGCCACACAUCCCACUGUGAAACUAUUUUGGGAAACAUUUCAUGAAUUCCCAUUAGAAAAGAAGAAGAAGUUUCUCUUGUUCCUGACAGGCAGUGAUCGGAUUCCCAUCUAUGGCAUGGCGAGCCUGCAAAUUGUCAUCCAGUCCACAGCCAGUGGAGAGGAGUACUUGCCUGUGGCCCACACUUGCUACAACCUCCUCGAUCUCCCCAAGUACAGCAGCAAAGAGAUCCUGAGUGCACGGCUGACCCAGGCCCUUGACAACUAUGAGGGGUUUAGUUUGGCCUGAGGCUCCCCAGCUUGCCCUUCCUUCCUCAGUGUCCACAUUGAGGCCUAUACAGAAAAUCAUGGGGAGUGAGCUCUAUUUUUUUAUUGUAUAAGUAGGUUGGGACUUUUGAAUCCUCAAUCUGGUUGAUGUGUUCCUGGGGUUGUAAGCAGUAGGCAACCUUCUAGAAAAAUCAGUUUGGGGAGGGGAGGGUGGUGAAAACUUCGCUCUCUUAUGGGAGGUGUUUUUCUUUUUAAACCAAAUUACUGAGUGUUCCUUGCACUUGUGAGUAUGUUUCACUCUGCUGGAUAGAAUGGCAGUGGAUUUUUAAAUUCUCAUUUCCCAAAUAUCCCUCUAAGCUCUGAUCUUUCCUCACAGUGCUUCCUUAUCCUUCUCUUAACUCCUCAUUCCUCUGCAAUAAUGGUUUUGACUGAUCUGUCCUUUCAUAACCGCACAUGCAGAACGUUUCCUCUCUCUGCAGCCUGGGAAAUGUCGCUGGCUUCUUGCAGCCCUACUCUAAGGACUAAGGAGGAGAGGACUACUUCAGAAAUUCCCAAUUCCAACCAGCUGAAUCCGGGUCCAUUACUUUGGCUGAACUCUUGAGAAAUUAUGGGAGCCUUUACGAACAUAUUUUAUUUAAAAAAAAAAGUUAUUGAGGGAUUAGCAAUCUCCUCAUGGCUCUGCCUAUUUCUGGACCUCCUUAAAGAUGUGCAGAGCAGCUUAGCGUGGCAGCUGAGCCUAAUUUUGUUUGUUGCUCAGCCAAGUCCCUUGGACAAUAAGGUGAGGUGAUAGGCUCCAACCUCUUCCCUUCCCUCGCUUUUGGAGCAAGUUGCGUUAAUUUUUUUAAAGAGUAUUCAAGAAGAGUAGAAAUAAAUUCUUGUCUUGUCCUUUACCACUUUCUCUUUCCUCUUUCUCCUCCCUUUCUCCCUUCUUCUUUACUUUUCUCUGUCACUUCAUCCCACUCUUUGUUACCUGACUUAAUGCUCCCUCCCUCUCCUUCUAGGGGAUGCAUGAAAUCUAUUUUUUUUAAAUUUCUAUUUAAAUUGCAGAAUUUCUACUCAGAUUUUUUUCCUCUUCCUAAUUGCUAAGACUUAAGGACAUUCUUUAUUAUGGAACUUUUGUUUAUUGCAUUUGAAAUGUUUGUUUACAAUGGGAUUUCAGGGGGGAUUGUGUUUAAAGAAAAUAUAUAUAUCUCUCAAAAAUAAUGACAUGCUCAACCUUCAUCAUGGGAUGAUAAAAUUCUACAUGAUCAAAGAAUCCAUGUCAAUCUAAUUUUAAAUUCCUAGUAACUAGAGAAAAGACUUAUUUAUAUAAAAUGAGAUAUUUAUGAACCGUGAUAUAGCAUCCAAUCUCAAUGAAGGACUGUAGAUUUUUGCUUUUUGUUUUUAAAACUUAUUCCAAUUGCUAUAUUGGUAGUUUUCCAGUCUUUAUAAUACAAGAUUUAAAAAAAAAGAUAUACAGUUAUAUGAAUUGUUUAUUUUCUAUGUAUGUGCAUAUAGUUCAAUAUUACGCAAUAAAUUUGGUGUUUUAACUUAAAA